AAAGAAAAGACUUUCAGGUGCUGACGAUGAUAAAGAAAAAACUGUAGCCAAGAAACGAAAAAGACCAUGUGGGCUGACGAUGCUACCUUAUGAAAUCAUUUCCACCAUUUUCAUACAGUCUUCCAACCCUUCACUUCCUAUCGUCUGCAAAGCGCUCUAUCAACAAUUGUACUAUUGCCCUGAUACACUCAAAAUUGCAUUUUUAAUGCAUCGAACGAAAAACGACCCAGAAAAGGCAUUAGAGGAAGCCAGUCGCUUUCGGUUCUUCAGUUAUGCACUCAUGGAGCGACUUGAUAAGAUGACACAAAGGACAGUCAUGUUUUGUGAUAAAAAGAUACCUUCUCGCUUGUUUUUAGCAGAACCUACUGAAACACUACAAGAACGAGACCAACUAAUACUGGCAUUGCUUGAGCGUGGAGCAUCGCCUAACCGACCCAAAGGAUACCCUAUCAUCAAGUCUGCUCUACUGGGACGAUUAGAUCAAGUGAAACUACUAGUGAGUUUUGGAGCAGAUCCUACAGCACAAAAUAACAUGGCAUUGAGAGCCUGUGCAGGAAGAAACAAUAGAGAAAUGGUGGAUUAUUUUUUGGAUGAACUCAAAGUGAAGCCAGACAGUGAAACACUCAAGGUCUGUGUGCAGAAAAAUUUGUGGGAUAUGUUUCAACUCCUCGUCGAUCACGGUGCAAUCCCCGAUAUGUCUACCAUUGCUGUCUCAUGAAGAAGCUGAUGAAGACAUUGUUGUAUUAAACGUAAACCAAUCAUAAAACUCUUGUAAAUACCUGAAUAUAAACAUAUAGAUUAUAUAAAUCAUAUCACUUAAAUAAACACCCAUUGCUUUCUUGCCUCG